CAUGAACACCUCCGACCACAAAAGGAACGACAACGUAACCUUCCACAACAUGGGUCUGGGCAGCAGUAACUCGGACGCAUUCAACCCUCGCAGGGAUAUGUACGUGCAGGAUAACCAGAAGUGGAGGAUGAGGACACUCAAGUCGGUGGUGCAGAUGUUGAAACAUGAACAGAGAGUGAUUGACGUGCUGAAGAUCGACGUGGAAGGCCACGAGUGGGCGGUGAUGGAGAACAUGAUGGAGACGGACAUGUUUCAGUACGUGCGCCAGUUUAUGUUGGAGUACCACCUGUUUCCCACCUGGCCGGCCAAGGAAGAUUACGUACACCUGUACAAGCUUUACACCAAGUUGAGAGAGAUGGGACUUCGAGAGUUUGCCAUCGGGCCACAUCCAAAGACCUUGAAGGUGGACAAGUUCAACAACCAGGGAGAUUCCGAAUACAUCAACUACUUCUUCAAAAGGAAAGAGAACUGGAGGUCUUGAGGAGCAGAUCCACGAGACAACUCUUUUUUUAUUUCUUCAUCUUCAUCUUCCACGUAUGCUCAGUCGUUAGCAAGUCUUCCUUCCUGUGUUGAAUAUAAUUUUUUGGGGGUUUUUUUUUAGCGCAGAAAGAGUACGAUGUAUGAUGAUGAUGAGAUUAGGAAGGGGUUAUGUCUGCAUAUCAGGUGCUUUUUAGUUGUUGGGGUAUAUCAGAGUUGGUGAAUUUUUAAUUUAACGUUUUGCAAUCACUUGGCGCAAUAAUGCGCUGCUGAAAAUGAUCCGUUUUGGUCACCUGGCAUGGAUCUGCGCCACACCUAAGAAGUCCGUUGCGGUAGCUCUCCUGGCCGAGUGACCAGAUGAGGUGGGGGUUUUUUAUUGCUGGCUGAAUGAAUGCAAAGUGAAGCAGAUAGAACAUUUUUCAAA